AUGCCCAAAGAUAAGGGAAAAGCUCCGGCAUCGUCCAUGCCAUAUUCGCUUCGCAAAAUAAAAACAUCCAAACGAGCCAAUGCAAAACCUGACGAAACUUCAGCUACGCCAGGUCCCGUCACUCUAUACUGCUUGGUUCGCGUCAAGAUUAAGAAGGACGCAACUGUCGGAGAGUUUAAGGAUGCAAUAAAAGCAGUAAAACUAAAUGACUUUGCUAAAUUUGAUGCCGACACUAUUGUGUUGCGAAAAGUGAACAUUCCUACAACGGAAAAAACAGCAUUUGAAGCAGUCAAAAAUGCCGAGGCAGACAUCGAAACGGAUUUAGGUGUCGUAACGAUAGAAGACGUGGCAUCAGUGAUCGCAGACGAAUAUUCGGUAACUUGCCUGCCAAGAAACAUAUUCAUGUCAUUGUUGAGCUCCCGCAAG